AUGGAGAACUUCAUGCCCCAGUCGUAUUGGGAUCGUAUCAUGACGACCAACACGGUGCCUGAUACCCAACGCAAGCUGCUGCAGUCGCACCUCAUCGAGCACUUCCAGUCGACGUUGAACUUGCCUUACUUGUCCGAGCAAGACCAGCGUCUGAUCGUCCAUGCGACGGUAGCCAUCGUGUCGGACGCGAUGGGCAACACAAAGCUGAACGACAUCUUGGCGCAGGACGAGACGUCGGUGUCAUUGGCAACUAUCUUUAUUCGGGAGGCCAUGGGCAUCGACGACGUGGAAGCGCUGCGGAAGCAGUUGUCGAGCAUCAUCGAGCUGCCGAUUAUCCUGCCAGAGCCCGCGCUCAAGUGGGUGAUUAGCAAGGGCGUCGCGGCGUUGGUAGCCAUCUUGAACGACGCCCUGGACUUGUCGCUCGUGGAGUGCUUUGGGAAGGCGCGGACGCGACCGGUCGCAUCCGCCGCCGACUUCGAAGAGGUGCUGCGGCUGAAUGUGACGGGGCUUCUGGGCCACAACAUGAACCAGUUCGGCAUACUCGCGUUUGUGGAAGCGUUCGUCCUUGCGGGAAAUACAGAAUAG